ACCGUGCGUUGCGUGUGUGAGAGAAUUCUAGCAGGCUGCGAUAAAGGCAAAGAAAGAGAAGCACCUGUCCAAUGGUUUCUCGACCAGUAUCGUUGUUUACCGGUUGUGUUACCGUGUUUGUGUGUGUGCGCGCGUGUGCUUAUGUUUGAGCGGGCAGGAAAAGGUCGCUGAAAGCAAGAAGUUAGCAUUCGCAACGUGCGAAACGCGUGCAGUUCGGAACGGUGUGUUUGGGUCGAGGAGCAAGCAAACGGAUCGAAAAUGGCCGCUUUACGGCGGUGCGGAUCGGUGGCCAGAUGGGCCAUCCUGCUGUGGCUGCUGCCCGCGGCGAUCGCAAUCCAGCAGCAGCAGCAGCAGCAGGAAACGAUCGUGACGCACGAGGUAGAGCCCAGCGUUGCCGGUGAGGAGUUUCAGCAUCACAAUCGCUGCGAACCGAUCACGAUACCGUUCUGUGCCGGCAUUCCGUACAAUCGUACGAUAAUGCCGAACCGGUUCGGCCAUACGAAGCAGGAGGAGGCCGCACUCGAGGUGCACCAGUACGUGCCGCUGGUCAAGAUCGAUUGCAGUCCGGAUUUGAAGUUCUUCCUCUGUCUGCUGUACGCACCGGUCUGUACCAUCCUGCCCUACCCGCUGCCGCCCUGUCGGAGCCUGUGCGAGAGUGCCCGGGCCUGCGAAACCAUCAUGAAAACGUUCAACUUUCCGUGGCCGGAAAACCUCGAGUGCUCCCAGUUCCCGGAGAACAGCGACGGUAAUCUGUGCGUGUCGAAGGACAACUCCAGCGAAACGACACCGGUACCGACGAGCGCAUCCUCCGCUGGCUAUCCGACAAAAACGGUGGCCGCCCCGUACAUACCGCCCCAUCGGAAAUCGGCCGGUUCGUCGGUGGGUGUGGGUGGUGGGGCCGGUGUGGGCGGUGGGGUGGUCGGAACGCACCGUGAUUUGGGCUUCAUCUGUCCGGUGCAGCUGAAGGCACCGACACUCAUGGGCUACCAGUUGACCAUCGGUGGAAAGGUUACCAAGGAUUGCGGUGCACCGUGCAACUCGAUGUUCUUCUCGGAAAGCGAGCGUACCGUGCUGAAGUACUGGGUCGGUUCGUGGGCUGCCGUGUGCGUGGCGAGCUGUUUGUUCACGGUUUUAACGUUCCUGAUCGACUCGUCCCGCUUUCGGUAUCCGGAGCGCCCGAUAGUGUUUCUGGCGAUAUGCUACCUGAUCGUGGGCUGUGCAUAUGUGGCUGGACUCGGUGCCGGAGAUUCCGUUGCGUGCCGGGAACCCUUCCAAUCGCAUAUCAAAAUCGGACGAAUGCAAAUGCUAUCAACUAUCACACAGGGCCAUCGUCAAUCAACGUCGUGCACGGUGCUGUUCAUGGCGCUGUACUUCUGCUGCAUGGCAGCGUUCGCCUGGUGGGCCUGCCUGGCGCUGGCCUGGUUCCUGGCGGCCGGUCUCAAGUGGGGCCACGAAGCAAUCGAGAGCCGUUCGCACCUGUUCCAUCUGGUGGCAUGGGCCAUACCGGCGGUGCAAACCAUAUUCGUGCUGGCGCUGGGAAAAGUUGAAGGCGACGUACUGUCAGGUGUUUGCUUCGUCGGUCAGCUGGACACACACUCGUUGGCCAUGUUUCUGCUGAUACCGCUCGUCAUCUACCUCUCGAUCGGGGGGAUCUUUUUGCUGGCCGGAUUCGUGUCGCUGUUCCGCAUCCGCACCGUGAUGAAGCACGACGGCACCAGGACGGAUAAGCUGGAACGUUUGAUGCUACGGAUCGGGUUCUUUAGCGGGCUGUUCAUACUGCCGUCGCUCGGGUAUCUGGCGUGCCUGUUCUACGAGUACUAUCACUUCGACGAUUGGAUGAUCCAGUGGAAUAGACAGAUGUGCAAGAUCUUCUCGAUUCCGUGCCCGGCCGCCCGGCACGGUCCACCCGACCCGAAGCCCAUCUUCCACAUCUACAUGGUGAAGUACGUGUGCUCGAUGCUGGUCGGCGUGACGUCGAGUGUGUGGCUGUGGUCCGGCAAGACGGUCGUCAGCUGGCGGCAGUUUGCCGAACGGCUCCAGGGCAAGGACACGCGGAGUCGCGGUGCGUACGUCUAGUAGAGGGUAACGCGGGUGCGCAUCGUUGCCCAUCAUCCGGCGGUGCGCAUUACCGCGAGAGUCAUUAGGUUUUAGGAAGAGGCAUCAUCAUCACCAUCAUCAACGCGCUCCAUGUACUGCACGAUCAGUUUUCAGAGGCAGGGCAUCGGCAACGGAACCGAUCCGGUGGAAGCUGACCACACAUCGUCCUGCAUCUGCCACCACCUACCCAUACAUCAUCAUACACCAUCCGACCCAACCGAACGCCUCAAAAGCUGACAGUAAACCCCGCAACAUAGGAGUAGCUAAGGGAUGCAGCUUCUUUCCGGAUCCUGCUAGAACACAAUCUAGAGACGUGGAUCGAGAUGGCAGGAGAUAGGAAGAUCAUCCACAUAGAUAAGAUAUGUUUCGUUCGAGGUUAAUUUUGCGAACUGACCAAAUAUCUGUGUAGUAACGCAUCCUUAGGGGAGUGCAUUUAGAAUUAAUCAUUUCCGCUGCUUAACGGUGGCACUGCAGGUAUAUAUUGUACAGGUCGUACUGGUGGCUUCUGUCUAAACUCCGCAGCGUAUGCCUAGUAUUGUGUAUCAUGUAACUGAUUAGCUUACUCGAAUAUCCCUGCGCCGCUAAACUUGCUAUCGCAACACGAUAGGUAACAUGUACUAAGAAAAUAUCAAUGCUUUAGAAAACUGCAAGAGCAGCAGCAGGGCCUGCCUUGAAAGUACAUACAGCGCGUUGUGUGUGUGCAUUUCGAGGGCAACCGUAAUAGACGAGUUCAGGUCACACUCUCUAGCAGAUUAAUCUUCUCGUUGCGAUACAGAACACCCACGUCUUACCGUUGGACGCUAUAUAGUGAAAGGAGCGUUGAGUGCGAAUGUUUCGUAUCCCAUCAAACAGCAAACCCUAUGUGUGUAAGAAUUGGAAAACUAGAUUCUAGCUGUACCAUACCUACCUUCUGCUACUGGCACUAGCGUCUCGUAAGUAGAUUGUAAUAAUCGCGUCGAUCCUAUCCUCGAUCCACUUGGGUCUGUAUGUUUAACACGGUGGAACAUGUAUUGUACAUAUAGAAAGUUAUAAGACUAACUACCGCUAAUAAGCACGGGGAUGUGAAAAACCAAACCCCAUAACGAAGGAAGUUCGAAUUUGCUACGUACAACAGUGCACCCGGAUGGUGCUGUGAAUAGUUAGGAAGUUACGUACCGUUAAGCGCUGCGAGCAUUGCAUUAGAGUGUAGGUUCCAUUUUAAACCGCGGAUUUGCUAUGGAAAGCGUUGCCCUGCUCACUACAAUGCUUUACGUUUGGUUCUUCUUCCACGAUGCGCCAAACCCCAUUUACCAUCCUGCAGAAGGAUCUGUUUUCCGGAUUAGAUAGGUAUGCGAACGUU